UGUUUUCCAUAUGACUCGUCGGCUUGGACAAUGACAUAGUGUCGCUAACCUGAACCGUUAGUUAGGCCUGAUCUCUUCGUCUGACGAAAGCUAAUUGGUCAUUAUUUGGAAAGGAAGGAUUUGUUUGUGGAAGAAUGAAGGACUUUUAGAUAAGGAAAAGGCGUGACCGUUGAGGCUGAACCUGUGCUGCUCAGUAUGUCUUCGUGAAGUUUACAAACCCAUUGACGUCAACAAAAGUCAACGAAGUUAGCGUUGGCGUGAACAUUUUUCUUUUCGAGUAGUACUAGUGGUGUGGGAUGGGCAUCUUGCUAUCAAACAUUGUGUUCUAGCAGAGACGAUAGCAAACAUUUACAUCUUUAAGAAAGAUGAAUUCGUCGUGUGUAAACGACACGGCAGAGUGUAAUUGUAGCCAGAGUUUGAAUGAGUCGGCUCCUCAGUGGUUACCCCCUCUAUACACGGACAUGUCUGAGCCUGCACGGAUAGCCGUGACGGUUCUCUACUGCGUCAUCUUCGCGGUGGGCAUGGCCGGGAACAUCCUGGUCAUCGUGGUCGUGUGGAGGUGUCUGGACAUGCGAACAACCACCAACUACUUCCUGGUGAACCUGAGCGUGGCUGACCUGCUGUUCCUGCUGCUGUGUGUGCCUGUCGGGCUGAUGGAGACCUGGAUACAGUACCCCUGGUACCUGGGGGAGACCAUGUGCUACGUGUCCCCUUACGUGGAACAGGUGGUGUUCCAGGCCUCCAUCCUCACCAUCGCCGCCAUCAGUGUGGAGAGAUACUUCGCCAUCUGCCGCCCGCUCCAGGCCAUGUACGUCCUGACCCGCCGCAGAACCUUCAUCGCCAUCGCGCUGGUCUGGCUGUUAUGUCUCCUCCUCUGCAGCCCGGUCAUUACCAUCACUAUCUUCCAAGUAGAUAAGUACCAGAAGGACGAGUGUUCCCCGAUAUACCUGGCCCACAACUGCCUGUCCAUCGCUCGCACGGCCCCGGCUGUGGCCUACUUCACGACGAUCACUCUCGUGUUCCUGGUGUUCCCCCUGGCGCUGUUGUGCGGCCUGUAUGUCAGCAUCUGCCGCAAACUGUACGACGUACCGAUGACGGAGAGUCGAGACUGCAAGAGCCAGCGAGCCAAGAUGAAGUCCCGCCGGCAGGUGGUGCACAUGCUGAUCUCCGUGGUGGCGCUGUUCUUCAUCUGCCUGACCCCUCACCGCGUGCUGCAGUCAUGGGUCCUCCUCACCACCGACAACAACAUCAACAUGGAGCUGGUGGGAACGUUCGUGGUGUUCAUCCGCACCCUGGUGUACCUCAACUCCACCCUCAACCCCGUCCUCUACACGCUCGUCUCCUGUAAGUUCCGUAACGCCUUGGUGCGCACGCUCAGCGGGCGUGGUCGCAAGCGCUUCUCCACCAUCUCCUCGGCCACCCACUUCUUCACCGCCCGGAACUCCACGACCAAGAGCAACCACACAGGCUCGCGGAAGGACACCCUGCAGAUGACGGACCUGAUGCUGGUGCUGCAGUCCGAAAAGAAGCCGCCAGAACACAAGGUGGUGUUGAGAAAAGUGCAGUCCACUUCCUUUUAGAUACAAGCAGUGGCUAAUGAAAACCACUUGCCCUGAUCUCGGAAGACGGUCCUCGGUCUUUCUGGGGCUUCUUUUACACCUGAUAUCUUGAACCCAGGUCCUAUUGAAUUCAUUUGGCGCCUUUUGUUUACAAAAACCUUCGUAACUGCCCAGCCCCGUCCUACAAGUAUUGAAAAUGGAUCCCAAACACUUUGUACUCAUGUUCUGGCGAUUCAAGUACAAGUGCUUUGACCCCAUACUUCGAAAAACUUCGAAAAUGCUGCGGCGUUUUUCGUAGCAAUAAUUCCCAGUGAUAACUACUACAUUUUGUACUACUAUUAUCUAAUAUAUGCAUGGUCAGAUCAUCAUGUCUAAACGAGUAUUCAGACAGUACGUGAAGUAAUGUCACAAUCAUCCUGUGAAGUCGAAGUCCCAGUUAGAAUGAAGUUUGCAUUAGAGCGAAGGGGCGGCACUGCUUCAAGAAGAAAUCAGAUGGAGAUAUCAAAAGAAAAGACAGGUGACACGUUACAGAUAAAUGGGAUGUACACUGAUCCUGUAACCCUAGAGGAGAGAAAGCAGUGCUGAAACUCAACGUGUGACACAACGUCCAUAUUUUUUUGUUUCCGGACGUGUGAUUAGGGCUAAGUGUCAGCCAUCUUGGUACACAGCAUAUUGGAGAUAACUGCACAAACUGCGUGAAAACACAAGGCAGUGCGGGGCGUGCUGUUUGAAUAGGAACGCGCAAUUUAUUUAUUUAAUGGCAGCGUCAAUUCAUCCCAGCAUUGCCAGUGCAUGGCUGUGGAAUAAGCUGAGAAUAAUAAUAUGAAAUAAUUUUAGUGAAGACAUCAAU